AUGGCUGUUCCCUAUCAAUUUGAACCGGAAAUUGCUUCUGGAGAAGAGGAUAACACACAAGAUGAAAGCAUGAGCGAGGAAAGUGAGCAAGAAGAAUUGGCGAACGAGGAAAGGCGUCAAGGUAUCGAUAAGUGGUGUACUUGUCAACAAUGUGUCGUGAUGGAAACAGCUGAUAUGUGUUUAUGUUGUAAUGAGCUUGAAUCACGAAAAUACGACAAUACACAAGACUCGACAUGUAUCACAACUAGUGAAGGCUUCCAAUGUGUGUGUCUAAAUCGAGAUGUGCUUUGGACUGCAUUAGUUUCUCUUCAUGACAGAGAAGGCUCAUCUCUUCCAACUCGAACAAAUAUUCCAAAUAACUCUCUGCGUUAUGCUAGUUAUCGCCAAUUUACAUGGUGGGUGCAUGGUUAUCUUGGCAAGAAGAUCAGAAGGGUAAUCCCAGCAUGUGUGGUAUCCAAGAUAAGAUCUACCUUCCCCAACCCAAAUGAGGAAUAUACUGGUUUUAAAGAAGAUGGAAGUGAAGUGGCUGAAGUGAAUCUUGCAUGGGAAUUUUGA